CUCUGCACAGAGACAACAUCCCAAAGUAUGUCUGCGGCAGCGUGCUCUGACGGACUUGACAUAGGUGAAUGAGGGUAUAGCUCUUUUUUUUUUGUGGUGAUAUUCUACUGCUCCUCUGCACAGUGAGAGGAGACCAACACAGCACUGCUUCACCCCGUCUGCCAGGCUUCAAGGUGCAGCAGGCGGGAGAGGGACGGAGGAAGAGCCGCUGUUUAAUUCACCAUCCGACCUCACGUUGUCGCGCAGAAUAACGUGACGGCUUUACUGAGUGACCGUAGACAGUCGGAGACACACGGCAGAGGACACUAUGUCAAAGGAGGCGCAAGGAAAAGGAUCAGCAAGAAAGCACAGCGCCUCUCAUUGGUGUCUGCAGAAUAUCGCACAGGAAUCAGUUGACAGCUCCGAUGAGGAGUUCUUUGAUGCCAGAGCAGAUGUUAUGGAGGGGAAAAGCGCCAUUCUGCUGGGCAUGAGUCAGUGGAACUCAAAUGACCUGGUGGAGCAGAUCGAAACUAUGGGACACAUGGAGGACCAGUCACAUGAUGGUCUCUACCAGCUGGGAGGUCCGCGCUGUGCCCCUCAGAGCAGCAUUGAAGGAUUGGAGGAUAUAGAGAGAAAGUGUAAGACGCAUGUGCUGCUGCUAGUGGUGCACGGUGGGAACAUCUUGGACACAGCAGGCGGAGAUCCGAGCACAAAGUCUGGAGAUGUGGACACCCUGACCUCCGUGCUCGAGAAGGUGACACGGGCACAUUUCCAGGCUGCUGCAGAACACGUGAAGAUAAAGCUGGUGCCAUGUCCUGCUGUCUGCGCCGAGGCCUUCUCCUUGGUGUCCAAUCUGAACCCGUACAGCUAUGAUGAGAGCUGUGUGUCCAGCAGCGUGGACCACCUGCCCCUGGCUGCUCUUCCACUUCUCGCUAUCGUGUCACCUCGCUACCAGGAUGCCGUGGCAACCGUGAUUGCCAGAGCCAACCAGGUCUAUCGCAGAUUCCUGCAGUCAGAGGAUGGCCAGGGAUUCACGGGUCAGGUAUGCCUAAUGGGUGACUGUGUGGGAGGUGUGCUGUGCUUCGAUGCUUUGUGCUUUAGUAACCACCAGAGACCUGGAAGCCCCAACAACAGCAGCAAGGACAACAGCACUGAGAGCCUGAAGGAUAAUUCGGGUCUACUGGGGGAGUCUAGCCUGGGUCUGAGUUCUAGCAAGAGGCUAAGUAAGAGCAACAUCGAUAUCUCCGCCCCAAACGAAGGACACAGCCAGAGCGGGCCGCCACUCAGCCGCAAGCAGAGCGACUCGUAUGACGGAGACACCUCGUCCACAGGCCAGCACAGCUUUUUUUCCAGCCUUAUGAAGGAGAAUGUGGAGGUUCGUGGUGGCAGCAGCAGCAGUCUGGUGUUGAAUCCUGGUCGAUUCGACUUUGAGGUGGCAGACUGUUUCCUGCUGGGCUGCCCUUUGGGCCUUGUGCUGGCCAUGAGACGCACUGUCCUGCCUGCCGUCCAGGUGAGCCAGCUGCAUCCAGCCUGUUCUCAGAUUUUCAACCUGUUUUACCCUUCGGACCCUUCAGCCUCCAGGCUGGAGCCGCUGCUGCAGCCUCUCUUCCACAAGUUGCCACCCUUUGCAGUGCCGCGCUACCAGCGCUACCCUCUAGGAGAUGGACGCUCAAUGCUCAUAGCGGAGAGUAUCCAAAGCCAUCCAAAUGUGUUUUUGGAAGGUGGAAAAACUCCUGGAGGUCCAGCUUCACAGACGUCCUCUGAGACAAAGCCUGAGGGAGGAGAAGAAGAGGGAGGUCGUAGAGCUAGCAUGACCAGUGUCGAAAGUGAAAUGUCAAUUUGCUUCAUGGGCCAGCUGGGAAACACCAUCACUAACAUUUCCAGUAGCUGGUGGGGCUCCAAGAGACUCGAUUAUGCUCUGUACUGCCCUGAUGUGCUGACUGCCUUCCCAACAGUGGCUCUGCCUCACCUUUUUCAUGCCUCCUACUGGGAGUCCACUGACGUAGCAGCCUUUGUUCUUCGGCAGCUCAUGCGAUCUGACUGCUCGAAGACCCAGGAAGCGGACAGUUUGGGCUCUGCUCUGUUCUCUCCCUCCAGCCCACGUGAGAAAUGGCUCAGAAGGAGGACACAUGUCAAACUUAGGAACGUCACUGCCAACCACAGGGUGAAUGAUGUCAUUGCGACCGAGGAUGGGCCACAAACGCUGGUUGGUCGCUUCAUGUACGGCCCCUUGGACAUGGUCACUCUGACCGGAGAAAAGGUGGACAUCCUGCUAAUGACACAACCUCAGUCUAGUCGCUGGGUGCACUUUGACACCGAUGUAACCAACAGCAGCGGCAGAGUGACAUAUACCAUACCCAAGAGCAAGAAGCUGGGCCUAGGAGUAUAUCCAAUUAAAAUGGUUGUCAAGGGCGAUCAAACGAGUGCAGAGGCCUACCUCACUGUGUUGCCACGGGGCAUGGAGUGUGUGGUCUUUAGCAUUGAUGGCUCUUUUGCUGCUAGUGUGUCAAUCAUGGGCAGUGACCCCAAGGUCCGCCCCGGAGCUGUUGAUGUCGUCAGGCAUUGGCAGGACCUGGGAUAUCUGAUCAUCUACAUCACCGGCCGCCCUGAUAUGCAGAAGCAGCGUGUGGUAUCCUGGCUCUCUCAGCACAAUUUUCCCCACGGGAUGAUCUUCUUUUCUGAAGGCCUGGUUCAUGAUCCCCUGCGGCAAAAGACCAUCUUCCUCAAGAACCUCAUACAGGAGUGUCACAUUAAGAUCAACUCUGCUUACGGCUCCAUGAAGGACAUCUCUGUUUACAACAUGCUUGGCCUCUGUCCCUCACAAAUUUAUAUUGUUGGCAGACCAUCGAAGAAGUACCAAAAUCAGUGCCAGUUCCUGAGCGAGGGCUACGCAGCUCACCUUUCCACCCUUCAGUUUGGGCACAGAGCCAGACCCAAGAAAUCCCCUUCAGUUCGUAUGGUCCUGAGGAAGGGCUCAUUUGGUCUCUCAGCGAAGCCUGACUUCCUGUGUAAGCGCACCCACCUGCGCAGGACCAUGUCGGUGCAACAGCCAGACCCACCCUGCACAUCCAACCCCAAGCCUGAGCGAGCUCAGAGCCAGCCGGAGUCAGAUAAAGACCACGGGGGAGGAGGGGGAGGAGGAGGCGGACUAGGACCAUGGGGACGGCCCUCCAUACAUCGUGGAGACACAACCCCCUGACGUCAAAAACGAGAUGGAAGGAUUGAAAGAGGGUAGACGAGGAGAACAAAGAGGUCAUAGUGUCCUGGGCCAAGUGUCACCUGCAUCUACUGUACAUUGGAUCCUCUGCUGGCAUUGCUCCUAGCUCAGCUUUACCUCAUGCUUGGCCCUACACUCUGCCCUUUUUUAUGACCUGCUUGGUGGAUUGUCACUUAAUGUUUGUGUUUGAGCAGUGCAGGGGACAGCAAUGAUGUUUUGCAAAUGUGUGUUUUGAGCUCAAAAUGUGUCUCUUUGUCAAAUCAAAGCAAUGUACUUCAUAUUCAUUCACACACACAAGCUUCAGAGGAUGAAAUCUGUGGAGACGAUGAUGACUCUGAACCCGUUGAGUCUUUGCAACAGAAUAUGGGACAUCUGUGCUGACAGGCGUUCAUGAAGACUGACUCCGGUUCCUGCACUGAUGUGAAUACUCAACACAUGUCAUCCCUGUGUGGGCCUCUGGACACUGACAUUUAGGUUCAAGCUGCGCACAAGCUCUGCAGUUUUGAACCCUAAAGAUCUGACCUCUGCCUCUAUUUCAAUCCCACUGUUAGAUUUCUCCCUCGCGUUGUGGCCGGCUUACUACCCCCUCCCGUCCCCUUGACCAGUCUGGCAGAACAGGCAUUUCAACACCCGCCUAUGAUUGGGUCUACAGCUGCUGCAGCACGUCUCUGCCCCUGAGGUCGCAUUUGCACUAUUGAAGUGGUUUCUCAAUUUAGCUGUGGUAAUUGCUUCAAAACAAAGAGUUGUAUUUGUAUUUUAUCGUAUUUGUUUUUUCUGCAGAUUGUGCACUGUUGGUUACUCUAACUAAUAGAACAUUUAACUCAGAUAGUUUGUAGGAAAGUGUUGGUUUGACCAAAACAUGUUUACAGAUUGAUGGAUGUAAAAAGUGAUCAGAACUUGUUAAUGACAGUGUAAUUAUCAUUAUUAACGACAGUAGUUUAGUUGGUUUGUAGUUGCAUUAGCUUGUGGGACAUUGUACAAUACGUCGUAGUUCUACAAGGAUGUCUUUGCAUCCAUUUACUGCAGUGGAACCAAUAGAUUUGUGAUGAAAUCUGAUCCUGUCCAGUGGGCGUGGAAAUGAGUCUUACUGUGGUCAUGUUAAAAACUCUUUGCAAGUCAAACUUAUUUUUCUAUGAGGAAAUAUUGUAAAUACAAAUAUUUUCAAUGUAUGUUUUUGAACCUUUUUUUUACUUUACAAUUAAUUUUUGCCUUAAAUUGUAUUUGAUGUUGUGUAGAGAUUUAAAUGAUUUAAUUUGUUUGACCAAAGCAUCACAUUUACUGUUACUUCAUGAAAAAGUGCAUUUAAUCUAGUUGAUUAUUUACUUCCAAAUGUUUUAGACAAUGUUUAUGUGUGUGUACGUGUGAGUGAGUGAGUGUCUAGGUAAUUGUUGUAGAGUUGUAUUUACUGUGAGCAUAAAGACAGCUAUGACACAUACACACACUGCAGAGAAACCAGAGGACAUAAGAGGCCAGUGUUAACAUACCUUUUCUUUUCAGGGCUGAGUGUGUGUUUUAUAGACUUGGAUUGAAGCAGUGCGUGAGAUGAUUACUUAGUCAAGGUUUUUAUACCUGCUAUGAAAGGGAAAAAGGCUGAUGAGUUCUCCGGGUGUGUUUAGCCGAAAACCUGCACAGCAAAGUGGAACGUGCCAGCCAGCAGAGAGCUUUCUUACCUUUUUAUUUCUUACCUUGCUAUCUUCCUUUAGAGCUGCCCCUGUAAUUUUAGUGCAUUAUUUUGUUAUUAUAUAAUAUUGUAGAAACAAUACUGACAUACUUAACUUCAUUUUGUUUGGGAAUAAGAUUGUUAAUAAUGAACCAUUGUUAUAAAAGCAUCAAUAUGGUCAUUUUCAUUAAUGCAACUUUAAAGUGGUUAAAACAAAUAGUGAUAUUUUACUGCCAUGAUGAUAACAUUGAGGAGUUCACUAUUAAAGCUGGGCUGCAUUUUAGAACAACAAUCUUAGCAAAUGGCAAAUGAUGAUCUAAUGGUUAAAUUGAUGAUAGUUCUGUGCAUGUUCAUUAUUGGAUAAAGUUAAGUAAUGGCAAUCAAUUGUCAUCUUUGGUAUAAAUUGUAUACCAUAAAGUACCAUCAAUUCUACCAGCAAAUGUUGACUAAAUGCACAUCAGUAAUUGAAUUUAUGAUAACAAGCUGUUUUUUCAAUGUUAAAAAUACUAUAAAUUAUAUAUAUAUAUAUAUAUAUAUAUAUAUAUAUCGUUAUUUAAGAUUGUGACUUUACCUCUUACCUUUACCUUACACAUUCACUCAUUCUCAUGGGAAUCAUAUUUAUUCCAGCUUCAUCUUGAUACUGACGGCAAAUAAUCAAAAUAUCACAGAAAAUAACUGGAAAUAUCAAACAAUUUAAAAAUAUUGCAUUUAUCGAGAGAUUGUGUCACUAAAUGAUUGUCUUAAAAUAAAUAUAACAAACCUCUAUUUAAGUACUGAUAGAUGUUUUCAACUAGUAUUCACCAUUCAUGACUUAACUAUUAGGUAUUGAAAUAAUUUGCCAUUUGUUAACAGUAGGUGUAACUAUAAGGAUUAUUAAGUCAGUUGACUAAUAUUGUGUUGCAGCAUUUAUAAGAAAACGUUAUAUUUUUUUGUGUGUUCUUGUGUUUGGUAUUAGACACUGGCCAAUGAAGAGAAAACUCCUGGCUUCACUGCUGCAAAGUAUAUUGUUUUGUACAGAUCCCCUAGUGACCAAUAUGUUAUUGUGUUUAUUGGACUAAGUCCAUCUUUAUUGCAUAAAUAAAGAUAUUUCACAGUUGAAGAAUUUA